AUACUCUGUUCGCUUCUUAGUCUGGCAUUUGCGACGUCCGAAUUCUUCACGAGUACAGAUAGACUACCAGGUAUGGAUCCUGUCUAGGCAGAUGGCUUAACCACAUCCAGAUAAGGAUUCAGAUAUUUUUGAGGCCAAAAGUUUUGCCCGAUUUCAGCUGGUCGGGCGGGUGUACGUUCCUUGGCAAGAGCUUCCGGGGUUAUUCAAUGCCAUCAUUUACGGCGUGAACCGACAGAUUCCCCGGACCAAUCAUCACGGGCUGGUUGGAAGGGACAGCGUGCUUCCGAAGCUAGUCUUAUCAUACCCAAAAUACCAAGCGAGCUAUAAAAGACUUGUUCUGGUCUACAGCCUAUCUCUUCCUGUGACGCUCGUCUAGUCCUCCUUGCAACGAUGGGUUCAUCUGUAUCCAAGGUUCCUGCUCAAGUUUCGGUCACUCUAAACGCAACAUCUUCAUCCGAAUUGCACGACGAGAAAGGUUUUGUUCGCACACAGAGUUCCACGUCACCCACAGCGGGUUCGCCGCCUUUGGCAGCCGACGGUUCAAUUUCACUGUCUAACGUCGAUGCCUGGGAGUCCGCUGCCGCUGCGGACCCAAAGAUCCAACUUGCCCGCACAAUCCUUGCCCACAACGAUAUAAAGUCGUCGCUCACCAGUCGUCCGGCCGGUGUUGCAAUACCCCAUGUGUUCAAUCACGAGGUGGAGCUCAAAACUGCACCUGUUACAAACCAGAAAUCCAGUGGCAGAUGCUGGCUCUUUGCAACUACUAAUGUCAUUCGACAUGAAGUCAUCAAGAAGCUGAAGCUCAAGGAAUUCCAGCUCUCCCAGUCAUACCUCUUCUUCUGGGAUAAGUUGAACAAGUCCAAUUAUUACCUCGAGCUUUCUAUCGAGAAUGCAGACCUGCCUGUCGAUGAUCGCCUGGUCAACUUCCUCGCGAAGGACCUCAUUAGCGACGGUGGUCAAUGGGACAUGGCUGUCAACUUGCUUGAGACAUAUGGUCUUGUUCCUCAGCCAAUCUACCCCGAGUCAUUCCAUUCAAGUGCCUCGUAUCCCAUCAACAUCCUUCUGAAGACGAAGCUCCGAGAGCAUGCUCUUACUCUUCGCACGCUCUCUUCAUCACUGAAGGCCGAUCCCAGCGUCUCGCAGGAAUCAGCUAUCUCGGCUCUUCGUGCGAAGAAGGAAGAGCUUAUGCAAGAGGUUUAUACCAUCAUGAGCGCGACCCUGGGUGUUCCUCCUAAGCCUAACGCACCCUUCACUUGGGAGUACUACACUGAAGAUGGCAAGUAUGCGAAGUGGGAGGGUACUCCUCUGGAGUUCUACAAGGCUUUCACAGCCAAGUUCUCGCCGGCGGAGUCUUUCUCUCUUAUUAACGACCCGCGAAAUGAGUACGGCAAGCUAUACACCGUGAACAAGCUCGGCAACAUUUGGGGCGGACGACCUGUUCUGUACGUGAACACUGAGGUCGAUGACCUCAAGCAGGCUAUAGUCCGAUCUAUCAAGGCCGGCCAGCCAGUCUUCUUCGGUUGUGAUGUAGGUCAAUUCUCUGACUCCGGCAAGGGCGUCGGUAUCAUGGACACCGACUAUUUCGAAUACGAACAAGCGUUCAACAUCACGCUGGGGCUUACCAAGGCCCAGCGACUGGAGACAAACGAGUCCGCCAUGACACAUGCCAUGGUCAUAUCCGGCGUGCAUGUGGAUGAGAAGACUGGUCGUCCCGUCCGAUUCAAGGUGGAGAACUCCUGGGGUGAAGAUAGUGGCGUACAGGGUUAUAAUGUGAUGAGUGAUAAGUGGUUCGACCAGUUUGUGUUCCAGGUCGUGGUGCACAAGUCUUUGGCCACAAAGGAGCAUGUAAAGAUCUUUGAAUCGGGGGAGAAGGUGGUGUUACCUGCUUGGGAUCCCAUGGGUGCUUUGGCGUGAAUAUCUCAGGGCCUCGUUGUAUAGUUUUUGUACCAUAUAUAUACCAUUUGUUGUAUGUUUGAGUGCCAGCCCCGGGGACGAGUUGCGGGUGAAAUUCAUGGACUUGUUGAGCGGCCCGGGGUGUGUUACCCAAAAACCGAGAUUGAACUACUACGCCUUGACACGAC